AUGUACCCAUCAAGAUCAAGGAAAAUGAACAGAACACGUCGAGAUAUCGAGGCGAAGAAAGCAAAGGAAAACUUAAAGCGAGUUAUUUCACCACCGGCUAAAGAUGUGAGGUCAGCGGAGAAAGAGAAUGCCUCACCAUCCAAAAGUGCAUCGCCUCCAAAAAGCGUAUCGCCACCGAAAAGCGCAUCGCCCCCCAAAAGAGCAUCGCCCCCAAAGAGCGCGUCGCCACCGAAUAGCGCAUCGCCACCAAAAAGUGCGUCGCCAUCGAAAAGCGCAACGCCACCAAAGAAAAUACCUCCACCAUUAAAGGCCGAUGCCAACCCCAAAGAUUCUCCAGUAUUUAAAGCUCUCACUUCUCCGCCGUUCAAAAAAGAAUCGCCGGUUUUAAAGAAUGAACCUUUACAAUUGAAAACAUCUUCAUCCACUUCAGUUAGUGAAGUGUCCCCUAUUUUAAAAAAAGAACAUUCAUUGCCGACAAAGAAAGAAAUCAUUACAUCGCCUCCCCCAUUCAAGUUAAACAGAACAGAUUCAAAAACUGAGACAAAUAAUAGCAUUCCACUUAAAGUGAUAAAAAAGGAUUCCAUAGAAGUUAAGGAAACUCAAGUAAAAACGGAACAACUGUCUGGUGCCCCAUCUAGUAGUGACAAUGUGAAAACAAUUGUAGAAAAUUCUGAUGUUGAAAAUAAAAAUAAUGACAAUGCAAUUAAACUGGAGGAAUCAAAUGGGGUCGGGGAUAAAAUAAGAAAGUUUGAGAAGGCAGCGGAAGAUGCGAGUGCUAAUGUAGGCAAACUGUCUCGGCCGGGCUCCGUGCGCGGCAGACCUAGGACCGAGCGCCUGGGAUCCGAUAGCAAGGAGGAGUUCCCACCGCCCGCAACGCCGUUUAAAGAUAAUGUAUUUUUUGAGCUGAGCGGGAAAAACACACCGACAGAUCACGGAAAUCAUUCGACACUAGAACGCCAGCACAGUAUUACAAGAAGUUCUGUAAAUUUACUAAAGUGGCAGAAAAGUGAAAGCAAUUCGAUGGAAGGCGAAAAAGUCAUACAAAAGCCGGAACCGCAAAAGAUAAUAAAGCCGGAAUUCAAACCGAUGCCGUCACCCGUCGACGUAAUGAUCAGGUCGCCCAGCCUCGGCGUUAAAGUACCCGACCAGUUUCCGUCGCAGGGCACCGCCUUCCGCAACGUGGCGCCACUCGACACCGCGCGGGCCUCUCGAGACAUGCACAAAAUCAACGAAGAUGUAAAUACUGAGAAUAAUUUUAAAACCUGCAAAUUUAAAAACAAGGAGAAGUAUGCCGUUAGCAAAGGGUCUAGCUACUUCACACGGGGCUCCGAAGAGAUAUGGCUGGUUAAGAAAAAAGAUAUAGAGGAAAUCGAGGAGAGGGUGCUGGAUUCGUUUCGCAGAGCCGGGGGGAACUUGUGUGGGAGGAGUGAAUCGAUGCGUCCGUCAUCCGACAGCGGUCAGAGUGCGUCCUUUUCGCAUGCCACAAUGGGAAGGAACAAACGUCAGAUGUACGCUAGAAGUGAGUCUUGUGACCCGCAGUGGGCGGGGACCAGAGCGCAGACAUUAAAACGUCAAUCGUCAGUGGCUUGCACUUGCGGCCAUGAUAAGAAAACUCGAGCCAAGAGCGCCGGGGCCGAGGCCAACCCGCGUCCACGAUCUCGUUCUCACGGCGAUGAGAACAAUCAAUGCCACGUCCUGGAUAAGUACGAAACACUAGUUUAG